UCUCAGCCUAUUGUAGUCUCGGACUGCCCCCCGUACACGCGUGAAAACUAAAAACACACGGCAAUGUGAAGCUGCCAUCAGCAUCCCCUCCGUCUACUGCUGGCUGGCACUAGCACCGCUCCCUGCCACUAGUCAAUCAUCGUAGUCGCUCCUAUCACGGAAGGCCUCUCUUUCUCAGCGGUCCAGGAGACCGUCCUAAACGCAGCUACCGCGGUUGCAGACCAUACGGUCAACACUGAGCUUGGGCAAGCUCUCUCCGAGCUCAUCGGUGAUGCUACCGACGACGUUCCCGUCGUCAGGAACCUAGACAAGGCUGGCGACAUUCUGUGUAAUCCCAACUACAGACAAGCGCUCGAAGCGGCCCGACUUUACCAUCCUAUGGUUCGCGACCAGGGAAAGCUGUUGCAGGAAUCUCAGCAGAGUCGGAAAAAACUUGAGGCUGCGAAGCUCCUGGACAUUUCAACGAAGUUCAGGCUCUACCAGUUCCUAGAGGAUUGGCAGCAGAGUACCGACACACACAUGAACGUCGUGUUGACUAAGUCUCGCUGGGUUAUGAUGGGCCUUCCUCUAGUCGAUGGACAGAUUCCUCCACUCCCCACACGCGUACAGCCGGCAGACGACCAGCAUCCACCAGUGCUGAACUCUCCUUCGGAGCUGACCUUGGUCACAGGAGAGGAAGGCUCUCCCCUCCAGGAUGUCAGCAACGGGAGCAAUUCAACUUUUGUAGAUGAUACUGAUCGGCAGUCCAUCGCAGAUUCCAUCUGGAACCCAUGGGCGGGCGCGAGCCCACGCUCUGCCUAGCAGCAUGCAACUUCUCCCUACGGCCCGGCACUAAGGAUGUGAUCACCGAUUGGAAGAUCAGGAGCGGUUGUCGGAGUCGUCAUCUCGUUGAACGUGUAUGCAGCGACGUAGCCAUAGCCGGCUUUACGAGUACAGAAUGCGAUGUCAAGGACCAUUGGAAUGUGUAUUCAACUAUCUGUGUAUUAGUCUGUCGAGCAUGGCAUUGAACAGAA